GGUACUACAGUAGCACAGACAGGCAGCUGCUCAGCGGAUGUGUCUUUUACCUGACAAAUAAACAUUUUAUUUUGUCUGUACCGUUCUUCUGUGUCGCUGAGGAACGAUCUGUGAAGAUGGCACAGUGGUACCAGCUGCAGAUGCUGGACUGUAAGUACCUGGAGCAGGUGGACCAACUCUAUGAUGACUCCUUCCCCAUGGACAUCAGGCAGUACCUCAGCAAGUGGAUCGAGAGCAUUGACUGGGAGGCAGUGGCGUACAACGACUCCCUGGCCACGGUGCGCUUCCACGAGCUGUUGUCCCAACUGGACGACCAGCACAGUCGCUUUGCCCUAGAGAACAACUUCUUGCUCCAACACAACAUCCGCAAGAUCAAAAGGAACCUACAGGACCGCUUUCAAGAAGACCCAAUCCACAUGGCCAUGAUCAUCACUAGGAACCUGAAGGAGGAGCAGAAGAUCCUGGAGAUAGCCAAAAGUGCAGAGCAGGAGGGAGAUGGCAUGGUGUCAGCCAUGGUGGUGGAGAAGCAGAGGCUGGACAACAAAGUUAAAGAGAUGAAGGAGAAGGUUCAGUCAGCAGAUCAGAACAUUAAGACUCUAGAAGACCUACAGGACGAGUAUGACUUCAAAAUGAACACACUUAAGAGCACAGAAAAUGAGAAGAAUGGAAUGACACCAAAGGAGCUGGAGAAAGAGAAGAUGAACCUCAGCCGGAUGUGCCUGGAGCUCAAAGCCAAACGACAGGACGUGGUGGCUAAGCUGGGGGAGCUGCUGAGCCUGAGCCAGGGUCUAGUGGGAGACCUGGUCUCUGAGGAGCUGCCAGAGUGGAAGCAGAGGCAGCAGAUUGCCUGUAUCGGAGGACCCCCCAACGCAUGUGUGGACCAACUGCAGAACUGGUUCACCGCUGUGGCCGAGUGCCUCCAGCAGGUCCGGCAGCACCUGAAGAAGCUGCAGGAGCUGGAGCAGAUGUUCACCUAUGACUCCGACCCCAUCACCCAGAAGAAGGCUUUCCUGGAGGCCCGGGCUCUGGAACUGCUCAAGAACCUCCUCUCCAACUCCCUGGUGGUGGAGAGGCAGCCCUGCAUGCCCACUCACCCGCAGAGGCCCCUGGUGCUCAAGACGGGAGUCCAGUUCACAGUAAAGCUAAGAUUCUUGGUGAAACUGCCGGAAUUAAACUACCAACUCAAAGUCAAGGCUUUGUUUGAUAAGGAUGUGACCGAUAAGAAAGGAAUCCGUAAAUUCAACAUUUUGGGAACAAAUACCAAAGUGAUGAACAUGGAGGAGUCUAAUGGAAGUCUAGCGGCAGAGUUCAGACACUUGCAACUGAAAGAGCAAAAAGUAGCAGGAAACAAACAUAACGAGGUUCCUCUGAUUGUAACUGAGGAGCUUCACUCUCUGAGCUUUGAGUCAGAGCUGCAACUGAACCAAAGUGGGCUAGACAUCCGGCUGGAGGCCACCUCUCUGCCUGUGGUAGUCAUCUCAAACGUGUGCCAGCUGCCCAGCGGAUGGGCCUCCAUCCUCUGGUACAACAUGCUCACCACCGAGCCAAAGAAUCUGAAGUUCUUCCUGUCUCCUCCGGCCGCCAAGUGGUCCCAGCUGUCGGAGGUCCUGAGCUGGCAGUUCUCCUCUGUCACCAAAAGGGGGCUCAACCAGGAGCAGCUCAACAUGCUAGCUGACAAACUAUUGGGAGCCAAGGCAAAGCGUAAUCCAGAUGGACUCAUUCCCUGGACCAAGUUUUGUAAGCAAAGUGCCGUGGAGAAGGCUUUCCCAUUCUGGCUAUGGAUCGAGGGAAUCCUGGACCUGAUCAAACGUCACCUCCUCGCCCAGUGGAACGAUGGCUCCAUCAUGGGCUUCAUCAGUAAGGAGCGGGAAAAGCACCUGCUCAGUGACAAGUGUCCUGGGACGUUCCUCCUGCGCUUCAGUGAGAGCAGCAGAGAGGGCGCUAUCACAUUCACCUGGAUCGAACAUGAUGUACACGGAAAGCCCAUGUACCGUUCAGUGGAGCCGUACACAAAGAAGGAGCUGUUUGCAGUGACUCUACCUGACAUCAUCCGCACGUACAAGGUGAUGGCCGUGGAGAACAUCCCCGAGAACCCCCUGCGCUUCCUCUACCCCAACAUCCCCAAAGACAAGGCCUUUGGGAAGUACUACAGCAAGCCCACCGAGACUCAAGAGCCCAUGGAUGUAGAGAACACUGAGAAGAGUGGCUACAUGAAGACAGAGCUCAUAUCUGUGUCUGAAGUACAUCCAUCCAGAAUGCAGGACAACAUGAUGCCCAUGUCCCCAGACGACUUCAGGGUCCUGGAGCAGGUAGUGGGCCAUAGGGACAUCGACGCUUUCGCCAACAACCUCCUUGGAUAUGGGGAGUUUGACGUUCAGAUGAGCGCCGAAUUUCAGGACGAAAACUGAGCUCUGUCUGGAUAUUUUGGACUAAAUACGUCAAACACCUGGGCCUCACAUAUAUUGUGUUGUCGGAGGUGGAUGGUAAACUACAUGGACCAUGAUCCUUUGCUCCAUUUCAGUGUGACCAGUAUAUAUAAAAAAUGCUGCUUACCAUGUUUUAGAUGCGAUUUUAAAAUAUGAAAGUAAUGAUUUCACAAAAGGUUAUACUGUGAAUCACCCUUACAGGGGGAUUAACAAUAGCACCAUGUAAAUAGAGUACUUAUUUUGAAGCAUAAUGAGUCAUAUUUAUAUACAUUUUCACCAUAAAGACUACUGUACUGUACUCACUACUAUAAUUAAAAGUGCCCACGGUCUCUCAGGAAACCAGUGGUGUUGAAAAGUUGUACUCAAGUAAAGGUACAGUUGCACAGCUAAUAAUGCACACAAUUACUAGUACUGCUGCCAAAAGUAAAAGUGAAAAAAAUACAGUCCUGGCCAAUCAGAGCAGGCGAUGCAGUGUUUUUCUGUGUGUUUGUCGCUAUGAAAAGGAGCAUGUACAGAAGGGGCAAUUGGGAACUCAGUAACUUGUAUAAUUUAUAAUAUAACUCAUUACAAUUAUAUGUUUAAAAUUAUACCCAGUUACAAGUACAAGUACCAAGGUUGAAAAAUGUACUCAUAAAAGUACAAUUACCUAGAAAGUCUACUCAAUAGGCUCUGUGCACGGCGGCACGCUAGCUAGCUCAGUGUGUCUCAAAGCUAACAGUCACUUUCAUUAAAAUCAGAAAAAAUAAAAUAAACAACCUAUUAAAAUUCAAAUCAAAUUAGUUUUAUAUGGAGAAUAGUUUUUAAAAGUUUGUGGAGUUUUAAUAUUUUUAUGUCUCAAAAUGAGCAUUAGCGUUAGCAUUGAGACACAAACAUCUGUUUCUAAACAAAGAAGAGUCCUCUGUAAUAAAUUUUAUUUGUGUAGUUUUUAACAUGUU